AUGGCAGUGAUUACCAUGGAGCCGUUUCGGGCACGGGAUGGCGGGUCCGACCCCUGGUCGUUUCGCGCGGCGUGCCAGCGCUCGCUCCUGCGGCGCGUGGCGAGCGCGGACGCGGUGACGCUGUGCCGCGCGCAUCCGCGCCGCACCGCCCCGCAUACUACUUCGCGCAGUUCUGUAUAUGCUUGGAAGCUUCCAGAAAACGAAACGAAGCUUAUGGAGAUGGAGCAACUGGCACGAGUGGAAGCUCAGAUGAUGCGUUCGCGGACGCGGUCUCUGUGCCAGAACGGGAAGAUAAUGGGUUUCCUUCGGCGCCGCGCGUCGUCCGAUAGCCCCCGCCGCGAGCCGCUGCUACUCGGCUCGUCUCGUCCGUUCUCGCCUCGCCGCACCACUGAGAAACAAUUCGAGAAACGGUUCUGGAAACAAGUGACCAGAAGACGUCAGUCAUGUGGCUCAAUAAGCCAAAUUUAAAAAAGAACUGUAACUUAACAAAAAUGGUGUUCAUGUCUUUACUAAGAGACCGCUACUAGCACUAGAAUUUAGAGACUGUAAUGUGUAGAUAGCAAUUCGUGUUUCAUAAACCGAUGGAUCUAAUAACGAAAAUGGUGGUGCGAAUAAUAAAGUUGAAGGUGCAUUUACAAACUUUGACGAUUGUGAAGAAGAUUGUGAUAUCUAAGUAAAUUUCGAACUGGAAAGAUUGCCAAACGAUGCCGCAGGUGUAAUAGAUAUGCCAAAUAAACUGACGAAUGGGACCUGUCGACUUUACUUCAUAUCGUAGAUAGAGGAAGCCAAUAUAGUUAAUAUUUGGUGUAGGUACUUAGGAAUUUUAGUACUCAAAUAACUAUUAUGAUUAAAAUUGUACAUACCUUUUCAAGGAGAGUUUUGGUAGAUGUACAGUAUGUAUAUUGAUUAAUAGAUUGUUUUAAAAGAUGCUUGUUGAAAUAGAUAUCUUCGUACAAAUUGUUUUUGCUACAUGUCGUGUAACGCUGUUAUAGUGAUUACUGUUUUUCUUAUUAUCACUGUUGUAAAAUAUAAUAUUGUUUCUUUAUUGUAACUGUAAUUAUGUCCAAUUUUUAUUAUAAUGGAUCAGAGCUUAAUUUUUUGUCGCACAAUUUUAGAUGAAUCGAGAAAAACAAGAAUCAUCUAUUUGUAUGAAACUAGGAUCGUAAUGCUUUUUAAAUGUAUAAUCAGACGAUUGCUCUUAAAAUUUUAAAAUACUUUUGUAGAUACAUGUGAAAACGUACGAUUGAAUCGAAUUUAUUAAUUUUUAACCAUAUUUUAACACAUUCUGUUUAUAAUAUUUCCUUAUUUAAAAUGUUCAAAAUAAACUUCUUAAAUUUC